UCACCUGUCGACAUCAUGGCUGAAGGUGGUAACUGGGAAGGUGAUUCAGUGGCCUCUACAUCAAAGAAAAAAAAAGGUGGGAAAUUAACUAAAGUGGGCAAGAUCCUCAAAAGACUUUGGCCAGGCACUUCAUCAAAGAACGAUGGUCAGAACACAGGAACAACGACAGAAAAGCAAAGUGGGAUUGAAAGCAGUACUUCAAUGGAAUGUGAACCCGCCGAAGAGGAAAGGGAACAAUGUCAGUCCCGAGAAAGAGGAAUAGGAGACGUGGUUCACGCACCUGGAACUGAAUCAAGUGACAAAAUCCAUCAUGACCGAGAUUCAUCAAACAAGGAAUCAUCGAGCCCCCUCCAAGGAGCAGAUAUAAACUCGGCAAUCUCCGCUUUCUUGUCAAACUGCGAUGAUCACCAGCUCUUACAGUUGACGAGAUUCUACCGGGACCGACUGGAGCAGGCGAUUGAAGAGUGUGUGGAGGGAGUUAGCCUCAUGGUAAUGAGCACAGAUCACUUCACUGGGCAAGAGUGUCACAGAGUGACUGAGCUUGCAGAGACAGGAAAACAAGCGGCCGGCUCCAAACUGCUCCUGAAUCUGGUGAUGGAGAAGGAUUCUGGAGCACAAAGGUUGAUGUGGGAAUCCCUUGUGAAAAUACAUCACACGCUACCGAAACUGAGCAGAAUAUUGAAAGAGAUACUGGCUCAAGGUAAAGACCAGCUCGCCUACAUGGACACGGUGGGGCAGGGUUUAUCUGAAGUGCCCACUCACCUGAAAGGUAAGUGAUGGGAUGGGAUUCCCAUAGCUGCCUGCCUUUCAUUCUGAAACUGAAUGUCUGUCUUUAGCUGCCUGAGUGAGUGGCAGAGAGAGAGACAGGAGGGGAGGGUGUGUGUGUGUG